UUUGGUUCUAUGCUACCACUCAGUGAGGCUGUUAAGGUUAGCUAACCUGUUGCUGCCGUUGAAAGAUAAACGUUCAGACACGGAUUUAGAAAAAACAGAGAAACGAUGGACACUGCGGACGGAAACCAAGACAGCAGUCAACAGAGACGACACUGUGCCGCCUCCUUCAAGGCUUUCAUGAUGAAAAACAGCACGAAAAGCAACCUGAACCUCUAUGACCACCUCACCUGUUUACUAAUAAAGGUGCUGGAUGAGGAACCACAGAACGUGGUGGACGUGAUCGAGGAUAUGAGCCGUGAUGUGAAGCGGGAUUUAUUUGAAGACAAGCAAAGCUCUCUGCGAGAGCUCCCACAGGCCACAGCUGCUGAGCUGCUGGCUGAACAGCAACGGCUGCUGUUUUCUCAGCCAGAAGACGCUGACCAUGAGGAUGAACUGGUGGAAACACCUCUUCCUAAUGUGAGUGAGAUUUGCUUCUACAUGGAGCAGGCUGGAGUGGGUCUGGGCAGAGAGGAGAUGCAGAGGAUCUUUCUUGCACUCAAGCAGCUUGUCGAGUCGCAGGCGCUCCUGCGCUGCCGACUGUGGGGCAAAAUUCUGGGAUUGCAGAGCAACUAUAUUGUUGCUGAAGCUGAGUACAGAGAGGGCGAUGAAGUGGAAGAGCAAAUGGUUGAUGAAGCGGCUGUGGAAGAGGAGACAGAGGCCGAGGCUCAGGAGAAUGAGAUGGAUCCACUUCCUCUGUCAACCUACAAACCCCCGCCAGUGGUGCCGAAGGAUGCCAUAGGAACAGGAGCUAACAAGUUUAUUUACUAUGUGUGCAAAGAGCCUGGUCUUCCUUGGGUAAAGCUCCCUCCAGUCACUCCCGUGCAGAUUACUGUCGCUCGCCAGAUCCGUAAAUUCUUCACCGGGAGGCUGGACGCGCCGGUCAACAGCUACCCGCCUUUUCCCGGGAACGAAGCCAACUAUCUGAGAGCACAGAUUGCUCGGAUCUCCGCCGGCACACAGGUCAGCCCCCGGGGGUUUUACCAGGCUAGGGAGGAGGAAGGUGAUGAGGAAGAGGAGGCACCAGGGGACACCUAUGAAACGAAUCCUGAUUUUGAGGGCGUUUCAGUCUCUGAGAUGGCUGAGUCUUUGUCCUCGUGGGUGCAUCAUGUUCAGCACAUCCUGCCGCAGGGCCGCUGUACUUGGAUUAACCUGGCUGUGAAACCAGGAGAAGAGUCGAACGAGGACGGAGAGGUUGAGGAGAAAGAAGAGGAGCCUGAUGAGCCUGAGCCAGAAGUUGGACCCCCCCUGCUCACUCCCCUCUCCCAAGAUGCAGAAAUAUUCAACAUCCCUCCCUGGACCUCCAAGAUGUCCUCCACUCUCACCUCUCAGCAUGCAGUCGCUGUGCUGCGUUCUAACCUCUGGCCAGGAGCGCACGCAUAUGCUUGUGGAAAGAAGUUUGAGAACAUAUAUAUUGGAUGGGGUCUGAAGUAUGCAGGAGAAGGCUACCGCCCACCCGCCCCCCCGCUGCCACAGAAAGAACAUCCCAGCGGACCAGAAAUCACAGAGGCCGUGGACCCAACACUGGAGGAGGAGCAGGCGCUGAGAGAAGCUUUAGAGGAGCAGCAAGCUGCCCAGGAGGAGAUGGAGGACACGGACCAAGAGGAGGAGGAAGAUGAUGACUAAGAAAACAGUUUAAAACAUUUAGAACAUUAAAAAAUUCUACAAUUAA